CCCAUCAUGAACUCAAAUUAUGUUGACCCCGAGCGGGCAGUAGCAAACAUUUUCAACUCUGCCAUAGCAGCAACAGCCAUUGCCACGUCGUGGGAACUUGGUCUCCUCACCGAGCUGAGGAACAAUGGGAAGAUCAAUGCAGAGAGAUUCGCACUGAAGCACGACCUGCACAUCGGCUCAGUACAGGGCCUGGUAACAUCGCUCGUCACUGUUCAUGUCGUAGAACGAGAACCGGGACAAGACGUGGACCAUGUCGUACCGGGCCGGCUAUUCGACGAAGCGUAUCGGACAAAAUCGUUGUUUCACUGGCUCAGCAUUGGCUCUGGUGAUUUGUUCUCGCGCAUGCCCUGUGUCCUGCGAAAUGAGAAUCGAAUUGGGGAUUUCUUUACCAGGGACGCCGCUGCCAUUGCGUAUGCUUGUCGAGAUAUCAAUAGCCAGUAUUGGGAUCCGGCAUUCUGGAGUGCUAUGGAAGGACUAGAUUUCAGCUUCUCGUCUGUUGUUGAUCUUGGAUGCGGUAGUGGUGGACGGCUGAUACAGAUUUUAAAUCGGUAUCCGGGGGUAAAAGGACUAGGUAUCGAUAUUGCUGUCCCUGCAAUCAAGGUCGCAUCGGCGGAUGGAGUUCAGUGUGGAUUUGACAGGAACCUUUCUUUCGUGCAGGGCGAUGUGCGAGACCUCACUUACAGGCCAGAAUUCGCAGAGGCUGAGCUCAUCACUUGUUUCCUCAUGGGACAUGACUUUUGGCCCCGGGAAAACUGCAUCAAGACACUGAGGCGAUUACGCGAAUCAUUCCCCAAGGCACGACGCUUCUUACUUGGUGAUACGUUUCGCGGACUCUUGGACAGUGGGAACUCGGAGCAUGCGGUCAAGGAGAGCAAUGUUCCAGUCUUCACGUUAGGAUUCGAGUUAGGCCAUGCAAUGAUGGAUGUUUGUCUGCCGACGAUGGAAGACUGGGAUGGUGUUUUUGCCGAGGGUGGGUGGCGAUGCAUGCGGAAGCAUUUCACCAAAUCGCUCGCGUUAUCUACUGUGUUUGAAUUAGAACAUGCAUGA